AUGGAUGAUUCUAUCUUCAUCUCUCAAAGUAAAUAUGUCAAGAAUAUAAUGAAGAAGUUUGGUAUGGAGAAUGCUAGUCACAAGAGGACAUAUGCACCUACAAAUUUGAAGUUAUCUAAAGAUGAAAAAGGUGUUAAUGUGGAUCAAAGUCUGUACAAGAGCAUGAUUGGUAGCCUAUUAUACUUUACAGCUAGCAGACCUGACAUCACAUUUGUUGUAGGUGUUUGUGCAAGAUAUCAAGCUGAGCCUAAAAUGAGUCACAUCAAUCAAGUGAAGAGGAUUAUGAAGUAUAUCAACGGUACAAGUGACUAUGGCAUGUUAUACUCUCAUGUAUAUAACUCCAUACUUGUAGGGUAUUGCAAUGCACAUUGGGCAUGUAAUGUUGACGAUAGGAAAAGCACUCUAGAAGGUUGGUUCUUCUUAGGAACAAUCUGA